AUGCUACAACCACCAAAAUCUUCAGGCCUCAACGUAAUCGCCCUUAUAUCAGGUGGAAAGGAUUCCCUCUACUCAAUCCUGCAUUGCAUCCGCAACGGCCAUAAAGUCGUUGCGUUAGCGAAUCUCCAUCCACCGCCAAUUCCUGCCAUUAGUAGCAAUAGCGACAAUGAUUCGAUACAGCCAGAAACAGCAGACGACAUCGACAGCUUCAUGUACCAGACAAUCGGGUGGUCUGUGAUUCCACUGUAUGAAGAAGCAUUGGGGAUUCCGCUUUAUCGCGCCCCGAUUAUAGGAGGAGCGGUUGAUGCGGGAAGGGUUUAUCGCAACACGAACGAUGCUGCUUCUCCUACUACAAAACUUGAGAGUGCUGGAAAGGAUGAAUAUGAAGAAGAAGACGAAACAGAGUCCCUCAUUCCCCUGCUACGCAAAGUCAUGGCCGCGCAUCCUGAAGCGAACGCCGUCUGCGCGGGAGCUAUCUUGUCUACGUACCAGCGCACGAGGAUUGAAGAUAUUGCUAGUCGACUUGGUCUCGUCCCGCUCGCUUGGUUGUGGCAAUACCCGUUCCUCCCAGCUCCCGAGGCACGGAGGCAGCUCGGGGGUGAAGAAGAUGAGGCAGGCUUGCUGACGGAUAUGGCGGCUGUGGGGUGCUCAGCGCGGAUUGUGAAAGUUGCGUCUGGCGCACUGGAUGAAGAGUUUCUGUGGGGUGAUGUUUCGGAUGCUGGGGGUGGCUUACGGAGGAGGAUUGUCAAGGGUGUUAAGAGGUUUGGAAUGGGUGGGGGUGAGGAUAUUCGGGGCGCAGUGUUGGGGGAGGGAGGAGAAUAUGAGACGCUCGCUGUUGAUGGCCCCGAGUUUUUGUGGCGAGGGAGAAUCGAGAUUGGGGAAGAGGGGAGGGAGGUUAGAUCUGGGGAGGGGGGUGUUGGGUAUUUAAGGUUAAAAGGUGCGAAGGUUAUAAGGAAGAGUGAGGAUGAAAGUGAUGGGAUUACGCCGGGAGAUGUGAGAAGGCCGGCAUUGUUGGAUGGGAGGUUUGCUGCGGCUUUGGAUGCCUUGUAUAAUGAAGGCGAGGGAGAAGAAGACAGAGCUGUGGUUGUUGGGGGAGAUGGCGGAGGGUCCUGGUCGUCUGAUCAGCCCAUACAGUCUGUCAAUGGUGGUAUAUGGAUGGUGUCUAAUCUUAUAGCACCCGAAGCUGGCCCUGGGGCUGCUGAACAGGUGGCAGCGAUUGUGAAGAAGAUCCAGGCAAUCCUUGAUACAUCAGUUGCUAACGCUGCACCCCGGACGACAGCCGACAUCGCCUUCACUACAGUCCUUCUCCGCUCUAUGACCGAUUUUCCGUCAAUGAACGGCAUAUACGUCUCUUUAUUCGAGAAACCAAACCCUCCAGCGCGAGCUACAGUGGCCUGUGGUGAUAGGCUCCCCGACGGAGUAAACGUGAUGGUCUCGAUGGUUGUCGACCUGGGUCCAAGGGUUCAACGAGACGGUCUCCAUGUCCAGUCGCGAUCAUACUGGGCUCCAGCCAAUAUUGGCCCUUAUUCACAAGCAAUUUCCGUGCCUUUGCAGGGGACGGAACGGGUCAUAUACAUUGCCGGGCAAAUCCCUCUGGAGCCGGCCUCUAUGGAUUUGGUCGAGGUUGAGAGCCCUUCAACGGUUGGAGGACCUGUAUGGGCAGAAAUGUUCUGUUUACGAGCUGUCCUAUCGCUCCAACAUAUGUGGCGGAUAGGAGCAACUAUGGAAGUUGGCUGGUGGCUGGGUACGGUUGCUUACUUUACAGGGCAACAUCACAUCAAGACUAGGGCUCGGCUUGCAUGGGAACUUUGGCAGAAAAUGCACGAAGCAACUGCCACAGAGUCCGAGGAAGAGGAAGAUGAAGGGUCAACACUAGAUGUCUGGGAUAUUAAAUACGGGCGACGAGGGCACGAGUACUCGAAAACAACCCUGCGCCCCAGUCUUCCCAAUUUCGAACUGGUAGAGACUAGCGAUCUCAAGAGCCAAGUGCCGGCUUUUUUCGCUGUCCAGGUGCACGAACUCCCCCGAAACAGCGAUAUUGAGUGGCAGGGAUUAGGAUACCGCUGCGAGGGGGUGAAACUGACCAGGUCAGAAACAGAGUUCGGGCGCACGGCCGAUGCCACCACGAGCGAGGGCCUGGAAUACUCGUGCAUCGAGAUCGAUUGCGCUAGCGCAGAAGACCUCGAAAUCAAGAUACAGCGUGUUAUGGAAGUAUACACGCCAUCGCAACCGGAUACCGUCCACUGCGUUAUCUACAGCAGCCAGCCUUUACCCCAAGACUGCUGCCAAGGACAAAUUGUCCCGUGCAAGUCGGUUUGGGGCGCUGCUCGUGGAGCCAAGCAUGUGACAGCCAAAAACAGGGCCCGCCUUCCGCCUCGAUAUCAGCUGGAGCCUGUACGCUCAUGCUAUACAUCCUGUCAGUGUAGUGGCCUUUUAACUUUCAACCCUCACACGACUCGACUUCCAACAACGCCUGAUCAUGACUCUCUCCGCGUUAUAAACACAACAGAGCUUCUCGAUAUCCAUGGGGCCAUGGCCUCUUCGACAAGCCAGGAGGAUGAGGGGCCGUCUCCGAAUCAUACUAUGAUAACCCCCAACACGGAUGUCGCUGACGAUCUCCGAUCAUUAUCGCGAUCACCACACCCGCAUCGGCGCAACGGCUCCGUACAUUAUUAUACCCAAACACGAACGUCCAGCGAUAGCGGCACUGAGGCAGAUGAUGAGAGUACCAGUUUACUGAAGGGACUGCCUCCGCCGCCACUCCGAUCACGAAAGGGAGCUCGACCGGUGGGUGACAAUGAUUUUUGGCUUCCUGGAUUGCAGCGAUGGCGGUCAACCUCGCGAAGCUCGCGACGAAGCUCGGUUGGAGAUAAUGAGGCGGAUAUUUUAGAGCUGAAGAGUAAGAUCAGGGCGAAGAGACGUGUUGAGAUUAUUCGGAGGGCGUUCGAGGCUGUUUUGCUGCUUUUUGUUGGUGGUGUGGUUUUGGCGCAGGAGAAUGCUCGGUUGCUUGCGUGGGUUUGGAAAAAGGUUAUCGGAGUCUACGCUAUAUACCCGCUCAACAGGCACGGACGAUUACGGCUCUCCAGAUUUUUGUCAUUCGACAUUCCGCCCAGCUUCGACCCAGCUCCGCUUCUAUACCCGGUUCUCAUUCCCGUUUAUAUUUCCCUUUCUUUGUCAAAUCAUGAUCCGUCACUGGUGCUACACAACAUCCUCCUCGCUCUCGCCUCAAUUCCACCGCAGGCAAUUCCGAUGCAUAGUUCGGUGCACGGGCAGAGUGUAAUGCACUGGCUCCUCACUCUACUCCCCGUUCUCGUCUCGGAGCAAAUGUCUUGGGGUAAUAUUCGUCCGACGCCUCUUUCUCUCCGCGGUCUCAGUUCUGAAGCAUUGACCUUUGUUUUUCCUUUGCAUCAAGCAUUGAUACCCACUUUAGAUUUCCUUUUGUCUACCAGCGUACUUCCAGCGGAACUACAGCUUCUGACGACUGCACUUAUUAAUUUGUUUCUAUUUGCCACUUCACCACAGGCGGAAAUUCUCAAAGCGCUGCUAUGGCUGGGCAGCCUCUGUAUUUUUACCUCUUGCCGCCAGGUUCUCCACUGGGAGGUUUCUCUUGCUCGGAUACCGAGUUGGAAGUUUCGCCGGUCCCCCAGCGGCUCAAGCUCGCCGAAGAAUAUUUUGAAUCUGCUCGACCAUAGGAUUUGCCAGAAACUGAGCCGAGCUGGUUCUUCUGAGGAACCUACUUCAGACAGCGAUUCACCGGAUAGCUAUCUGACAUCUACCUCGCGACGGACACAACAUGAGACCCGAGAAAAGACCCCAGAGUCUCCUACAGACAACGCUGCAGUGGAGGAUUUUACACAAAGACAGACUUCUACCAAUUUCGAAGAUGCCAUGCGCUCAGAGAAGACGAGGACAACUCCGCGAGGCCGACGCAAGCGGUCAAUGGCGCCUGAUUUGGCGCCCUUCCUUACGAUGACUGUCCCCCAAGUCCAAGUCCGCAAGUGGCUUUAUGCUUUCUACGUUUACUUGGCCGUCUUAGCCGUCAUUCUCGGGCCGGUGCGAAAGUACGUUGGUGAGCGAGCAUUACAAGGGGAGGAUCCCUUUGGCUGGGCACUGGGAUACUUACUUGGGAAUGUAUCUUGGUUCAGGUUUUGGGUCAUAACCUCGAGCCUGGAGCGAUGGAUCCCGAUACCUCCUCGGGUUGAUGCUAGUUUAUCGAAUGCUUUCUGCCAUCUCGGUCGGGUAGAGCAUAUCCGCCAAAGCGCCCUUGGGGAGGCUAGUAUGCGUCUCAUAAUCAUUGCGUACUGCCUAGCUGUACUUGUGACCGGUAUUGCAACAGUCAUCCGGUUGGGCACCUUUGUAGAAGUCGACACAAGGCGCAAAGUCUUUCAUGGUACGAUGGUGCUAAUGUUCCUCCCAACAAUUUACAUCGACCCAGCAUUCUGCGCCCUGGCUAUGGCCCUGGUCUUAGCGAUCUUCCUACUACUGGACCUUUUCCGCGCUUCCCAGCUCCCGCCGAUCUCUCGGCCAUUGACCUAUUUCCUCGAACCCUACGUUGAUGGCCGCGACUACCGUGGCCCUGUCAUCGUCUCGCACAUAUUCCUUCUCAUAGGGAGUGCCAUUCCACUCUGGCUCACCCUUGCCGAUAUCUCCCGUACAGGUGACUACCCCUGGAAAUCAUGGAACGUCCAGACUCGCGAUGCAAGCAUGCUCAGCGGCAUCAUUUGCGUUGGACUUGGAGACGCAGCCGCUUCCCUCAUGGGCAGGCGCUUCGGCCGCCGCAAGUGGUUUUGGGGCGGUGGCAAGUCCGUUGAGGGCAGUGUCGCCUUUGCGAUUGCAGUGACGUUCGGAUUGCUGUUUGCUCAGGGCUGGCUUGUGCUAGGACAGUGGCCUAUUGGUGGAUUCGAUGGACCAAAGCCGUUUUCCUGGUCUGGGGCAUUGGUAAAGGCCAUCCUUGCGGCUGGUGGAGCUAGUGCAACGGAGGCGGUCUUGACGGGGUGCAAUGAUAAUGUCGUUGUGCCGGUUGUGCUGUGGUUGCUGGUUAGGGGGUUGGGGCUCUAG